GGGACAGGGAUGAGGUAGGAUGAGAUGAGACGCUUUGAUGCCUCUACUGUCCUUCCCUACACACACACACACACACAUCUGUACGUGGCAUUCCUGUUAGUUUAUUUUCUUUGGUGGUUGUUUUUCUUCUGUUUUGAUAUUUUUUCUAUUGUUUAUUUAUGUUUUGUCCCUUGUUUCUUUGUUCGAUGGUAAUUUAGUUAUUUAUUUUUUUGUAGAACGUCAGUAAAACAAAGGAAAAUCUGCCCUCCGUCCUGUAAUAUUUGGGAAAAUGUUAGGCUUUGAAGGAUAUUUCGUCUUACCUCUCGCGCUCCCUCCUUCCUAGGCAUUGAAAAAGUGCGGGAAAUUUGAAGGUUUAUAAAUGCACUGGUGUGUGUAUGUGUGUGUGAGUGUUAUUGCUAGUUCUCUCUCUCUCUCUCUCUCUCUCUCUCUCUCUCUCUCUCUCUCUCUCUCUCUCUCUCUCUCUCUCUCUCUCUGUCAGUAGUUGCACAGGUCUUCAAGGGUAUUUUUACGGUUUUAGUGACAGAUUAACAACAUUUCUACAUUAAUAACAGGAGAAACAACAUUGAAAACCCUGAUAAUCAUCUUUAUAGCUUUGAAAAACAGUCGUGAGGAGAGAGAGAGAGAGAGAGAGAGAGUAGGAGCAUUUCAGUUGAGCCUAUUCUGCCCUGGUUCGUGUUUGCUGCGGUGACACGGUGCCGCACUGAGUGAAGAUUGCGUUCAUAAUCACUUAUCGGGGAUGGAGUGGGGAAAGGAGAGUCAGGAAGUGAGGAUAUUUAUAUUAUUUGACAUAUUAUUUGAUAGCAUGUCAACUUUUGUGUGUGUGUGUGUGUGUGUGCGUGUGUGUGGGUGGGUGGGUGUUGGAUCAGUGACAGGUGGCGCUGGGGAGUUACCACGGCGAGCGGCUGGCUGGCUGCAGUGUUUUGGUCAGCACUGGUCAAUCUUGCCCUACACGCUCUAUUAACCAGUGUUUCCGUCUUCCCGACAUCUUCUUCCUGCACCAAGCACCGUCAAGCAUCACCAGAGAGGCACGAGUACGUAAGCUAUCCAACAUCAGAACAGUAUAUGAAUAUGGCAAAUGCUGUUUUGACAUCAUUUCCUGCCAUCCUGAGAAACAGUGAUCUCGAGGAGCAUGAAUUGCAGCUGCAAUGGAAAUUGCGCAUCCAGCGCAAGUUUAAGAAUUCAAGAAAGAGGCAGGAUUCCUCAGUGACUGAGGUGACGUCAAGGAAAAAGAAGAUCCCUUGCAUAGCGCCAAAAGAGACUAUGUGUCCACUGAUGUGUGGAGUAAAGGCUUACCUUCCACCAAGGCCCCGUUCAGAAGAUGAUGAGUCAUUAGAGAGACAUAGACAGUGGCUUGCUCUACAUUGGAUGAAAAAAGAUCCUGAGUUAGAUAAGAUAAUCAAGGAGUUCCUGAGAUUAGAACCACAAGCGGAUGAACCAGACCCAAGAGUAGCAGUUUUGAAAGGGCUGGAGAAAUAUAGGCUCCCAAUAAUUGCCAUUCUCAAAAAAAGAAAAGCAGUUCCUCUGUAUAUGGAAACCUUACUUGAACUCUAUGACCACGAUGAAAGUCAAUGUACCAGAAGAAGAACUAAGAACAGGGCAGUCUAGUGUGUAUUUGAUGGUGCACCUGUAGCUGAACCAACAUGUAUUUCUGUGGCUGUAGUCUCAUUGGUAGCAGGGCUUUAUGUGUUUAAUAUUGAACAUCCAAAAAAUUGUGAACAUUUCCUCCGUUUCACAACAUCCCAUCUUUUAGGUAUCAAGUAUGACAAAGGUAACACUUCAAAAACAAGAUCUCUACUUGUAAAACUCAAUGAAGUAAAGACAGAAUUGAGCUACAAAAAUGCAUAAAUCUGCUUCCAAAUAUAUUCAACUCCACACAUAAUGCCCCUCUCUCUCUCUCUCUCUCUCUCUCUCUCUC